UAUGUCUGAACACUCUUGCCUCGUCUCUGUGAAUCUUCAAUCUUCCCUUCCUUCUGCAGCUCCACCGACUUCUCAUUUCCCGAAAGAACCCCACUUUUCUCCAUAUUUACGACCCUAACCCAUCAAAUUAGGGCUUGUUUUCAAUGAGAACUUCCUGAACCCUUCUUCUCUUCAAUUCCUCACCUUUUUGUCUCUGUUCUCUUUGUUUGUCUGAAUCCUCCGGGUCCACUCGGCGAGUGGGAUAAGGAAAAUGCUUGAGUGGUGCCUGGGAGCCCGCCGAGUCCGCCAAGUCCAGCGGACGGCUUGCCGCGGCACAUUGUGGUUCCUAUCCCUCCUCCUAACGUUCGUCGUGCUACGAGGAACCAUUGGCGCCGGGAAGUUCGGGACCCCCGAGCAGGACUUCAACGAGAUCCGCGAGCACCUCAUUCACUCGCGCGGCAGGCGCGUGGAACCCCGCCGCGUCCUCGAGGAGGUCCAGCCCGAGCCCGAAUCAGACUCCGACCAAUCCAACAACUACGCCAACUUCGAUAUUUCGAAGAUCCUCGUGGACGACGAACCGGAGGAAAAACCUGACCCGAACAAACCAUACAGUCUCGGCCCGAAAAUCUCGGACUGGGACCAGCAGCGAGCUGAGUGGCUGAAGAACAACCCGGAAUUCCCGAACUUUAUCAGACCGAAUAAGCCCCGGGUCCUUCUGGUGACCGGUUCGUCCCCGAAACCCUGCGAAAACCCUGUCGGCGAUCACUACCUGUUGAAGUCCAUCAAGAACAAGAUCGACUACUGUAGGCUCCACGGGAUCGAGAUCUUCUACAACAUGGCGCUCCUGGACGCCGAGAUGGCCGGUUUCUGGGCGAAACUCCCACUAAUUCGGAAACUCCUCCUCUCGCACCCCGAAAUCGAGUUCCUCUGGUGGAUGGACAGCGAUGCGAUGUUCACCGACAUGGCGUUCGAGGUCCCCUGGGAGCGCUACAAGGACCACAACUUCGUGAUGCACGGUUGGAACGAGAUGGUCUACGACGACAAGAACUGGAUCGGGUUGAACACCGGUAGCUUUCUAUUACGGAAUUGCCAGUGGUCGCUGGACAUUCUCGACGCGUGGGCUCCGAUGGGUCCCAAGGGAAAGAUCCGAGACGAUGCCGGGAAGAUCCUCACGCGAGAGCUCAAGGGCAGGCCGGUCUUCGAGGCGGACGACCAGUCGGCUAUGGUGUAUUUGUUAAUGAAGGGAAGAGACCAAUGGGGAAAUAAAGUGUAUCUAGAAAGCGCGUAUUAUCUUCACGGUUAUUGGGGGAUUUUGGUGGACAGGUACGAGGAGAUGAUGGAGAAUUACCAUCCGGGUCUGGGCGACCACCGCUGGCCGCUCGUGACUCACUUCGUCGGGUGCAAGCCGUGUGGGAAGUUCGGGGACUACCCGGUGGAGCGGUGCCUGAGGCAGAUGGACCGGGCGUACAACUUCGGGGACAAUCAGAUCCUGCAGAUCUAUGGGUUCACGCACAAGUCGCUGGCCAGCCGGAGAGUGAAGCGGGUCAGGAACGAAACAAGCAAUCCGCUCGAUGUGAAGGACGAGCUCGGGUUGCUCCACCCAGCUUUCAAGGCUGUCAAGAUAUCUUCGACGGUUUCUUGAGUCCUGUUUGCAACUCCACGUUACUCUUUCUCUGUUUCACAUUUUGAUAUAGGAAGCAUUUCCAUCUCCCCAAUUGAUGAAGAUAAUCCCCAAGCCGAGAGUAAUGUUGUUUGUUUAUUUGCAUGUAGAUAGAUAAGUUCCCAUAACUCUAGACUCUAGCUUACCAUACCCAUAAAGCAACUCCCACAAAUUGCUGUACCGAAGGAAGCAGCUUAUACUAUUAAGCAGACCAAAUUAACAUGAGAUAGCGCCAAUCUUAUCCUAUGAUGCCUAUAAGGAUAUUUUCAGACAAGGAAAAAAGUGUCGGCCAAAGGGAAUGGCCUGGCCGGGCCAAUGGCCACUCCGGAGCUUUCACGCCGACUUCUUCUUUAUCCUGAUUGGCUGAUUGUGUUCGAGCGGUCAGCAGUCUAAUGUGCUGUUUGAAUUGUGGGCGCCGAGAAUGCUGCAAUUUGGAGGCUGCAAAAAGGAAGACGACAAGAAUAAUUGUAUGCAUAGGAUUUGAAUGGCGCUCUCUGCAUACCAAGAUGAAAAUUUGACGACAAGAAAAAUCUGCAUACCAUACAUGGAAUACCAAUCAAAAUUGAGGAUCGAGCUGGAAAGACAAAACAUUUUACACUUAUGUUGUCCAUGGUAUUGUGCGUCUGUUUGAUUACAAGCAAAACUGCUUCGAUAUGGUAUUAGCAAUAUUGUAUCAAGUACCAACAGCUCUAUUUUCAUGGCAAUUACACAAAUGAAGCCAUCAAAUAAAUUUAGAAUCCCAGAA